AUGGUCUGGCCAGGAGCAGCCCGCAAACACCAGCCUCAGCUCUGUCGUUGGCAGAAGGAACGCAACGGGGAGGGGUGGAGUCUCAGAGUGACGGAUCCCGAGAGUCUUCCAAUCACCGUCCGAAUCGGCGAUGAUUGUCCGUGGAUUGGCCGAAAGGAACUGAGCUCGGUGAGGAAGUGCUUUGCGCUUCGUCGUCUCUGGUUUACCAGGACUUGGAGUUGUUGUAAGGGCCCCAUGGCAGAAACACUCACGAUUGGGGCCGAAGUAGAGGAUGGGCUGAAGGCUCCAGCUCAGCAGAACGGAGAUGCGGGGAGCCCGGAGGCGGCGGGCCCUGGAGUAGAACCCGCCCUGGGGAGUGAAGAGCAAGUCCUGGCAGCAGUUCCAGGCCCAGGAAAAAGAAAAAAGCGGCGAGGGGCGACUGGGGAGCGUAUCGUGCCGCCCCCAAAGAAACGGAGGGCUGGGGUGAGCUUUGGCGACGAGCACUUUGCAGAGACCAGCUAUUACUUUGAGGGUGGCCUGCGCAAGGUGCGUCCCUAUUACUUCGACUUCCGGACGUACUGCAAAGGCCGAUGGGUGGGCCACAGUUUGCUGCACGUCUUCAGCACCGAGUUUCGAGCCCAGCCUCUGGCCUACUACGAAGCUGCGGUCCGGGCCGGGCGCCUGCACCUCAACGAGGAGCGGGUCCAGGACCUCGGCAUCGUGCUCAAGGACAAUGACUUCUUGCGGAACACAGUGCACAGGCAUGAGCCACCAGUCACAGCAGAGCCUGUUCGCGUACUAGCCGAGAACGAAGAUGUGGUAGUUGUGGACAAGCCUUCCUCCAUUCCUGUCCACCCCUGUGGCCGCUUUCGACAUAAUACAGUGAUCUUCAUCCUUGGCAAAGAGCACCAACUCAAAGGGCUACACCCAUUGCAUCGGCUCGACCGACUUACCUCAGGGGUGCUCAUGUUUGCCAAGACUGCUGCUGUCUCUGAGAGAAUUCAUGAGCAGGUUCGGGACCGGCAGUUGGAGAAGGAGUAUGUGUGUCGAGUGGAGGGAGAAUUCCCCACCAAGAAAGUGACCUGCAAAGAACCCAUCCUCGUGGUGUCUUACAAGGUUGGGGUGUGUCGUGUGGAUCCCCGGGGCAAGCCCUGUGAGACGGUGUUUCAGAGGCUGAGCUACAAUGGCCACUCCAGUGUGGUACGGUGUCAUCCACUCACAGGCCGCACACACCAGAUCCGAGUCCAUCUCCAGUUCCUGGGCCACCCCAUCCUCAAUGAUCCUAUCUAUAACUCAGAUGCGUGGGGCUCCUCCCGUGGCCGAGGUGGCCACAUUCCCAAGACAGAUGAGGAACUGCUACGGGACCUGGUAGCAGAACAUCAAACCAAACAGAGACUGGAUGUACUGGAGCUCUGUGAGGGCGACCUGUCCUCAGGACUCAUAGAUUCGUCAGUCCCCACCUCAGAGCUGGGCAAGGACAGCCUGGAAGAAUUGGCUACAGCUGCUCAGAAGAUGGAUAGAGCACUUGAGGUGACCCCUCAAGAUCUGGACACACUGGCCUUGGCAACAGGGAACACAGCUGAAGCAGAUGUUGUGAAUCAGGAGACAGACCCCCUCUGUGCAGAGUGCCGGUUGGUGCGGCAGGACCCCUUGCCCCAGGACCUGGUGAUGUUCCUACAUGCCCUGCGCUAUAAAGGGCCAGACUUUGAGUACUUUUCACCCAUGCCUGCCUGGGCACUGGAUGACUGGCAAGAAGACUGAGAAUUAUGGUCAAUGAAAAGAUGGCUUCUUGGGUUGGGGCAGAGAUGGGCCACAGAGGCAGGGGCUGACUCCAUAGGCUGGUACUCAGGGUCACUGCAGGAGGGAGGUUGGGCCCUAAAGAGACUUGCUUAUACUAGUUACCUCCUUCCUUCCUUCUAGCUAGAGUUUGGGGACUUUUUUGGUUUGUAAAUACAUUCCUCUUUUUAA